AUGGCCGGAUCUCAGUUGAAACAGCUCAAGGCAGCCUUGAAGUCACAGGGCUUGAUCGGCCAGACCAACGCCAAAAAAAAGAACCAAAAAUCAAAGACUCCCCAUGACACAAGAAGAGACGAUAAGCACAAGAUCCUUGGUGGAAUCAGAACCCAGUUCAACCAGUUCGACCAGAGGAUAAAUAGAACCAAGCACGAUGUGUCGAUCAUCCAGGGAGGUAAGUUCGUCAAAAUGGGCUCCAAGCAGCACAACGAUGCCACCAGAACCCAUUCUGCUGUGCAAAAGAACAUGAAGAUGCAAUACGACUUGGAGAAGAAGACCAAGGGCAAGACAGGAGGAUUGCAGGAUAGAAGAUUUGGAGAAAACAACAAGCACUUGAGUGCUGAAGAAAAGAUGUUGGAGAGAUUCACCAGGGAAAGACAGGUCUCGUCUAAGAAGAGAAACGUAUUUGCCCUUGGCAGUGACGAUGAGGACGACGACGAGGACGACGACGGUGGCUUCACUCUUACCCACUCGGGGAAAGCAUUGACCUUGGACGACGAGGACACGUUGGGAGAUUCGACCACCAGGUACGUGGACGAGGAUCAGAUGGAAGAAGGACCCGUCAGAAAGAAGACGAAGGCUGAAGUGAUGAAGGAAGUGAUUGCCAAAGCCAAAUUCUACAAGAAGCAAAGACAGCAAGAAUUCCAGAAGUCCCAGACUAAUAUCGAAGACUUGGACGAGGAUUUCGGAGAUAUCAUGGAAGAAAUGGGUAAUAUCAAGGCCCCAGCAGCCCCCAAGUUCUCCACCAAAACCGACGAAGAAAGAGAAUACGACAACAAGGUCAGGGAAUUGACAUACGACAGAAGAGCUGUCCCAGCAGACAGAACCAAAACCGAAGAAGAAAUCCAAAAGGAACACGACGAGAAAAUGAAGAAGUUGGAAACAGACCGGUUGAACAGAAUGAACGGUGUGGAUAUGGAUAGAGCUGCUACCGGCGAUGAUUUGGAUGAUGAGUUCUGGGCAGGAAGUGACGAGGAAGAAGGCUUUGCCAUUGAUGGUGAAGAACAAGACGACGCUGAAGAAUCGGGUAGUGGAGAGGAAGAGGGAGAGGAAGGUCUGACUUCCACUAAAUUCGGCAGAACCCUAGCAAGAAAGCCACAAGUAAGCAUGCCAGCAAACCAUGAAGAGUUUAUCCAAUCACUCCAUGCCAUUGAGAUCGAAAAGCAGCCAUCUUACAUCAACAAAAUCAUCGAAACUUAUAGACCAAACUUGGCCCAAGGCAACAAAGAAAGAAUGAACGUUUUCGUGGGAAUUUUGUUUCAGCAUAUCCUCCACUUGACCCAAGAAGAAAAACCAGAGUCACAACAAUUGAUUGAAAAAUUGAUCAAGAUCGUCAAGAAGCUAGCAGAGGCCUACAACGAAGUUUUGGUUGAGAAUGUCAGAGAGGAAAUUAACCAAAUUCAAGAUAGAAUUGUGGACAGUGAAGGAAUCCUUCUCAAGAGAGAUUUGGUAUUCUUCGUGCUUGUAGGAUACCUUUUUUCCACCUCUGAUCAUUACCAUUUGAUCGUUACUCCAACUUUAAUUUUGAUGAACGAAGUGUUAUCCAAGCUCACCUACACCCUGAAGGUUUCCUUGCAAAGAAUUGCCCAGGGCACCUUCAUUGCGGACCAAUUAUUGAACUACCAGAAAUUUUCUAAGAGGUACAGUCCUGAAUUGGUGAACUUUGUGGAAAAGUCACUCUUGUUGUUGAUUCCUGAACCCACUAAGAUCGGAACUGCUUCCAAGCUCUUAUCGACUAACAACAUCAUCAACAGCAACCUCAACCUCGCAAAGACUCAAAAAUACAAGGAUACAAAGCAGCCAAUCAGCAUUUCUGAUCUUGUCAAAGAAAAACCUACUAUCGAGUUCAGAUACCAAAUUCUUUUGAAGCUCUUAUCAUUGGUGGACAGGAUAACUGGCGUGUGGAAGGAUCAGAGCUCGUUGAUUGAAAUUAUCGAUCCCUUCAUUGUCAUUGUCAAGCAUUUAGUCAAAUACGACUCUUCGUCCAGUAGUGAGCUUUUGAAUAAGCUCGUCAAACUCCAGACCAACGCUACCAAGGACAGAAAACCAUUAGCAUUACAAAACCACAGAGCAUUAGCCAUUGCCACAUUUGCACCUAAGUUCGAAGAGAACUUCAACCCUGACAAGAAGUCAUACGACAUCAACAGAGAAAGACAAGAGGUGAACAAGAUGAAGAACCAGCUCAAGAAGGAAAGAAAGGCCACCCUCAAGGACAUCAGACAAGAAACCCGUUUCGUUGCAGGAGAAAGAAUUCUGGAGAAGAAGCAAAUGUACGAGCAAUACCACAAAAAGAUGGCCAACAUUGUCAAUUCUAUCAGUACUAUAGAAGGUGCUGAGAAGAAUCAAUACGAGAGGGAGAAGAAGAUGAGAAAGAACAAGAAGUAG